AAAAAAGCUAUAACUUGAGCCAACUAAAACCGGAUAAACCUUGGCUUAAACCCAAAAAUCCCAAAGAAAAACCCCCCCACCCAGAUUCUCAAUUGAGCAACCAAUUCAAGAAGAUGAACAGCAGCCUCCGUCUGUUCCCGUCUUGUUCGUGCUCAUACCAAUUACCCACAAAUCCAAAACCAACUACGCUGUAUUUCAUUAACAAUCCUACCCACUUUCUGCAUUUGAAGCGACCCAACAGGAAGCAACUAUUAGCAUCCUGUACCAGUUACGAAGUUGGUGGAGGUUAUCCAGACGAGGAGUUUGAUAUGCAAGAUAGAAGACGACCCAUUAAAGAAGUGAAGCCGAAAAUGGACACUUCCGAGUAUGAAGCUCUUCUCAAAGGAGGCGACCAAGUCACCUCUGUUCUCGAAGAGAUGAUUGUCCUCUUGGAAGAUACGAACAUUGACGAAACAUCUGAAGAGAUAGCUUUGCAGUUGGCUGCACAAGGUGUCAUAGGUAAAAGGGUUGAUGAGAUGGAGUCGGGCUUUAUGAUGGCCUUAGACUACAUGAUCCAGAUUGCUGAAAAGGACCAAGAUGAUAAGCGCAAGGCAAUACUGGAGGUGGUGAAGGAGACAGUUCUAUCUCAUCUCACAAAAAAAUGCCCACCACAUGUUCAAGUAGUUGGAUUACUUUGUAGAACUCCAUUGAAAGAUAGCAGACAUGAACUACUUCGUAGAGUUGCUGCUGGGGGUGGUGUCUUUAAAAGUAAGAAUGGCACCAAGGUUCAUAUUCCAAGCGCAAAUCUUAACGACAUAGCUAACCAAGCUGAUGAUUUAAUAGAGACGAUGGAAACUCGGCCAAUAGUUCCUGAUCGAAAACUGCUAGCAAGGCUUGUUUUGAUUAGAGAAGAGGCUCGGAAUAUGAUGGGAGGUGGAAUUCUGGAUGAAAGAAAUGAUCGUGGUCUGAAUACUCUUCCUGAAUCAGAGGUGAACUUCUUGACCAAACUGGUUGCUUUGAAACCAGGAAAUGUUGUCCAGGAGAUGAUACGAAAUGUAAUGUUAGGUAAAGACGAAGGGGCCGAUAACUCAGGUGAUAAUGAGGAAGAUACUGCAGGUGGACGAAGGGCUUCGAAGGGAAUUGGAGGAAGGGAAAGUGUAUCAGGGCGUAAGCCACUUCCAGUUCGUCCAGGCAUGUUUCUAGAAACCGUAUCUAAGGUCUUAGGUGGAAUAUAUGCUGGAAGCGAAUCAGGUGUCACUGCACAACAUUUAGAAUGGGUACAUCAGAAGACACUUCACAUUCUUGAGGAAAUAGCAUUCUAGUCUGUGCGCUAUCAUCAAGGAAUCAGGAGCAAAUAUAGCCCAAAUCAAGCUUUUGAAUCUCCCAAAUCAGCCAACAUGAUGGAAAUAUCAAGCUGCCAGUGAAGUAGCAUGUGAACAAAGGCCCCACUUAAUAAGUCUAAAUGUAAUAAAUUUUGCUUUAAUAAACACAAAAGUGGGGGCCUUUGUAAUCAUCUUCUAUGCUAAGAGAAAGUUGAAGCAAACACAGCAAAGCAAAGAUGGUUUCUGUUUUAUGCAAAGAAGAAGCCCUUUUCUCUUCUUAAUCACUACCUAUUUUUCUUCUUUUGUGUUUGCCUUUAGUACAUUGUAUAAAAACAAAUAUAAGGGCCCAUUUCCCAAAUCCCUCUCUCUCUAUAUAUAUAUAUAUUUACACAUUUUUAUUUUUAGUAUUGGCUUGUUUGCUCAACUUUUCUAUUUGUAGUUUGUUGUCUCACCCAUCAAAAUUUGUUAUAUUUGUAAAUA